AUGAAUCAAACAAGAGCUUUACAUUUUGUUUUCAAAGUAGCCAAUCGUAAUGAAACCAUUGAUUUCUUUAAACGGAUACUUGGAAUGAAGGUAUUACGACAUGAAGAAUUUACUGAAGGUUGUAAAGCGUCAUGUAAUGGACCAUAUGAUGGAAAAUGGAGUAAAACGAUGAUUGGUUAUGGAUCAGAAGAGAAUCAUUUCGUUAUUGAAUUAACUUAUAAUUAUGGUAUUGGUGCAUAUCAAUGUGGUAAUGAUUUUCAAUAUAUUUGUAUUCAUAAUCCAAAUGUUUAUUCAACCAUAAUCAAUGGUUCAUGGCCAAUUGUAUUGAAAGAAUCAAAUUCAGUGAAAAUUCAAUCACCUGAUGGUUAUUCAUUUUGGGUAUACAAUAUUGAUAGUGAUGGUUUGGAUCCUGUAAAAAUGAUUGCUUUAUCUACUACAAAUCUUCAACGAUCCAUAGAUUAUUGGUCACAUAAACUCAGCAUGACACUUGUAUCAUCGGAUUCAAAUAAUGAGGCAGUAUUUUGUUAUUCACCAAAUCAAUGUCAUUUAAAAUUCAUCUCAAUUCAACCAGAACGGAUUGAUCAUGCUAGUGCAUUUGGUCGUAUUGCAUUUGCAUGUCCAAGUAGUCAAUUGCCAAUUUUACAACAAUUAAUGGAUUCUCAUCAUGAAACAAUUUUAACACCGUUAGUUAGUUUGGAUACACCUGGAAAAGCAACUGUACAAGUGAUUAUAUUGGCUGAUCCUGAUGGUCAUGAAAUUUGUUUUGUUGGUGAUGAAGCUUUUCGACAAUUAUCACAAAUGGAUCCACAAGCAGAUCAUUUACUUCAAUUAGCUAUGGAUGCAGAUAAAAGUGAUGCAUGGUUCAAUAAACAUGGUGGCAAAACAACGAAAUAG